AUGGCCCCACUCCUUACAGCUCAAAAAGCAUAUAUCAAUGCCAAGGGCAAAGGCAAAGGCAAAAGAAAAGCGGACGAUAUCGAUGUCGACGAUGACGAUGUUCAGCAACCUAAACAGAAGAGAAACAAGCAACGCGUCUUACUACUCUCCUCUCGGGGUAUCACCCAUCGCAUGAGACAUCUCAUGAACGAUCUUGAGACUUUGCUACCUCAUGUAAAGAAAGAUUCCAAACUUGAUUCCAAGUCACAGUUGCAUCUCCUGCCUGAGAUAGCAGACCUGAACAACUGCAAUAACACGCUUUACUUCGAGGCAAGGAGACAUGAAGACCUAUACAUGUGGGCUACGAAAACACCAAAUGGGCCCAGCAUAAAUUACACGUUCAAAACAGGAAUUCUCAGCUUUGAUAAAGCGUUUGAUGAAACAGAGUGGGGAAAGCUUACCAAAGAGGUUUUCACGCAUAUCUUUGGUGUUCCCCCACUGGCUCGGAAAGCCAAACCGUUUAUCGACCACGUUUUAACCUUUUCUAUCCUCGAUAACAAAAUCUGGUUCCGGAAUUUCCAGAUAAUGGAAAAGGAUCCGUUGCAGCCUAACGGCCCACCUCAGACAUCUCUCGUGGAGAUUGGCCCCCGAUUUGUGCUGACGCCCAUCCGUAUUUUUGAAGGAGCAUUUGGUGGCGCCACCGUUUAUUCCAAUCCUGAAUUUGUUACACCUGCUUCCGUGCGCUCAGCAGUCAGGCAUGCCAGGGGUGACAAAUACCGUCAACGGAAAGAAGCCCAGGAGGAGACAUCAAAGAGAAAAGUGCUUCGUAAGAGGGAUGAAGAUGCACUGGCAGUAUCCAAGGUGUUUGCGUAG